GGUGCCGGGGGCAACGCCCCGACCGGGUGUGGGGCAGUCAGAGCCAGCACACGGACCGCCCCCCUCCCAAAGGGGCCUGCCACCCGCGCCGCCGACACUCCGCCUUCGCGACCGUAAAAGUUCUCCGUGGGCUGGAUUUAUUCACUACCCACUCACGUUCCCCUUUAAGUGGGCCUGGCGUGGUCGCAGAGCUCCAAGGAGAUGGGUUGCAAUUGGCUAGCCUGUGUAUCUGGUCGGCGGAACGAUUGGCUGAGGCUGCGGGCCGGGGCAGCAUGCUCCCGAGGGAUUGGUCACGGGGUCCCAGAGCCCGCCUCCCGCACGGAGGACGCAGCGCGGGGUCGCCGGUGGGAAAGGCGGGCGGGCGCGCUCCAGGAACAUGGCGGCGGGCGACCUCGCCCACAUCCCUGAGGUGGACAUCGACUCCGACGGCGUCUUCAAGUAUGUGCUGAUUCGAGUCCACGCGGCGCCACCCUCCGGAGCCCCGGCCGGGGAGAGCAAGGAGGUCGUGCGCGGUUACAAGUGGGCGGAAUACCACGCGGACAUCUAUGACAAGGUGUCCAGCGAGAUGCAGAAGAAGGGCUUGGACUGUGAGUGCCUGGGCGGCGGGCGCAUCUCCCACCAGAGCCGGGACAAGAAGAUCCACGUGUACGGCUACUCCAUGGGCUAUGGUCGUGCCCAGCACAACAUCUCCACUGAGAAGAUCAAAGCCAGGUACCCUGACUACGAGGUCACCUGGGCUGAUGAUGGCUACUGAGGCCUACUCAGACCUGCUGCCUCCAGCAGCCAGCUCGAAACUCUGCCCUCCAGGCUCCUUCUGAGGGGCUGGGCUGCACCCCCUGGCACUGUGCCCCCUGGCCAGGCCUCAGAGAUGGACACCAGCCCAGCCCCUAUGCCCCGUGUGUACCUCACCCACAGGAAUUAAAAGCAUUGUCACCCCAGCGA